CAAAUUUUGACUGCAUUCCGAUAUGGCCGGCCGGGCUCUAUUUACACCCCGGGCUGUAGGGGUUUAAAUAGUUUCAGCUUCAAAACUGAUCAAAUUGACAUUCGCGUCGCCGAGAAAAUGCACAGAAGCUAUAGCUGACACAAAACUGCGCGUAGGUUUUCCCCCUACGCAAAAAAUGCAGCGAUUUUCUUCAAAAUCAGUGUCUCUGAUCAAAAAAUGCCAUCUUUCCCUUCUUUCCUCCCAACCAAACAGCCACUUUCACCUCAUCCCCAGUGAAUCCUAUUCUUCUGUCACAUCCCAUUUCUCUUCCACUGAUUCCCAAUCAGUUUCACCCGAAAACCCAUCAAAAUUCAACCCAAAUCACACACCCUCCAAAACCUAUUCCAACACUGAAAUUCCCAUCAAGUCCAAAAGAGGGUUUGGUCUCAUUUGCCUCGAAAACGAUCUAGACAACUCCACCACUGACCACAACGACGACGAGUUUUCCUCUGAUGUCGAAAAGGUUUACAGAAUUCUCAGAAAAUUCCAUUCUAGGGUUCCAAAAUUAGAGCUUGCUUUGCAACAAUCAGGCGUCGUCGUGAGGUCGGGGCUAACAGAACGAGUCCUGAGUCGUUGUGGCGACGCCGGAAACUUAGGGUAUAGAUUCUUCGUAUGGGCUUCGAAGCAACCUGGUUAUAGACAUAGUUACGAUGUGUACAAGGCUGUGAUCAAGAGUCUGGCGAAAAUGAGGCAAUUCGGUGCUGUUUGGGCGCUAAUUGAGGAGAUGAGAUCAGAGAAUCCUCAACUCAUUGCGCCUGAAGUAUUUGUUGUGUUGAUGAGGCGAUUCGCAUCCGCGAGAAUGGUGAAAAAGGCGAUAGAGGUAUUGGAUGAGAUGCCCAAAUAUGGAUGUGAACCAGAUGAAUAUGUGUUUGGAUGUUUGUUGGAUGCUUUGUGCAAGAAUGGUAGUGUAAAAGAUGCAGCUUCCCUGUUUGAUGAAAUGAGAAUGAGGUUUACGCCGACUAUUAAGCAUUUUACUUCAUUGUUGUAUGGUUGGUGUAGAGAGGGAAAGCUUAUGGAGGCAAAAUUUGUAUUGGUUAAGAUGAGGGAAUCGGGGUUUGAACCAGACAUUGUGGUGUAUAAUAAUUUGCUUAAUGGGUAUGCUGUUGCAGGGAAAAUGGCAGAUGCUUUUGAUCUUUUGCAAGAGAUGAGGAGGAAGGGUUGUGAGCCAAAUGUGACAUCAUUCACGAUUUUGAUUCAGGCCCUUUGUUCUCAGGAAAAAAUGGAGGAGGCGAUGCGGGUUUUCAUGGAUAUGCAGAGGAGUGGCUGUGAGGCAGAUAUUGUGACUUACACUACUUUGAUUAGUGGUUUCUGUAAGUGGGGAAAGAUUGAUAGGGGUUAUGAGAUUUUGGACAGUAUGAUACAGAGAGGACAUAGUCCAAAUCCCACAACUUAUUUGCAUAUUUUGAUGGCACAUGAGAAGAAGGAAGAGUUGGAGGAGUGUUUAGAACUUGUGGAGGAGAUGAAGAAGAUUGGUUGUAUGCCUGAUCUCAAUAGCUACAACACAGUAAUUCGAGUGGCGUGUAAGUUGGGAGAGGUUAAAGAAAGUGUUCAACUUUGGAAUGAUAUGGAAGGAAAUGGACUGAGUCCGGGGCUUGACACAUUUGUGAUUAUGAUUCAUGGGUUUCUUGAGCAAGGUUGUUUGGUUGAAGCUUGUGAGUACUUCAAAGAAAUGGUAGGAAGAGGUCUUCUAUCUGCUCCUCAAUAUGGUAUCUUGAAGGACCUUCUUAAUACCCUACUAAGAGCAGAUAAACUCGAAUUGAGUAAAGAUGUUUGGAGUUGCAUAGUGACUAAAGGAUGUGAACUUAAUGUGUAUGCUUGGACAAUCUGGAUUCAUGCACUUUUCUCAAAAGGGCACGUGAAGGAGGCUUGUUCGUACUGUUUGGACAUGAUGGAUGCUGAAUUGAUGCCCCAGCCAGAUACUUUUGCUAAGCUCAUGAGGGGUCUGAGGAAAUUGUACAACAGAGAGAUCGCAGCGGAGAUUACUGAGAAGGUGAGGAAGAUGGCUGAAGAGAGACAAAUAACCUUUAAGAUGUAUAAAAGACGAGGUGAGAGGGACUUGAAAGAGAAGGUUAAGGCGAAAAAAGAUGGGAGGAAGAGGAGGGCUCGUCGACGCCAGUGGGGAAAGGGCCGUGGUAAAGCAAACUUGGUGUAACUUAAAUCACGAAGAUGCUGUGAAGUAAAUCUGUUUGUCUUGCAUAGUGGGUGCAGAUGACUGUUUCCCACUGAGUUCUUGCAUAUGCACUAUUUAUGAUGGGAAAGAUACUGGACUCUCUUGUUGCUUGGAAGAUUUUUAUUCCAAUCAUUGGUGACAAUCUAUUGCAACGAGCACUUCAUCCGAACAAUGCAGGAGAGCUGCUUCUUGUCUCAGUCAUUUUAUUUCCCAUAUGUAUGUAUUGGACUCUAGUGCAUCCAAUCCUGAUGAACAACAGGAAACUAUUUUGCAAGUUCUUGAGAAGAUUGGAGUAUCUGAGGAAAAGAUUGAGAAUAUGAUUGAAAUUUGAACCAAGUCAAUGAAGUGGUGCAGAAGACAUUGAUGUGGCAUGUGAGCAUUGUUGUGGAGAACCUGUUGAUGAUUGUGAUGACAAUAGUGAAGAAAUUUUGUCGGAGCUAUCAUGAGAUCUUGAGGAGCAAUGCAAUUACUCUGCUCUGAUGGCUGGCUCUUAUCAGGAGACGAGCAAGAGACUUUUUUCAAUGAGAUGAGAUGGGAAACUCCAAAUGACCAACAAAGUAUGUUGUGUGCAAAAAGAUGGAAGGCCCAACAGGAGAGAGAAUGAAAUUUUUUUGGAAGGCGCAUAAAAACUCGUCUUCAGGUGAGCUUAUCAAUUUUCUAAUUGCUAUUUGGAAUCUUCUGUGUGCGGAAUCACAUUGAGAUUUUGAGUGUUCUUAUGGUAAUGUACUCAUAUGGGGGUUGUGACUUUGGGUAGUAGUGUCUUUGGCUCUUGAGGUAUGUUCUUUACAAUGGACUUGUCUUGGUUUUAGCAUAUGUAAACCACAUAGCAAGCUCUCGAUGAAGACAAUUUGUAAUAGAGUAAUGUUAUACAAACAAAAAAAUUCAUACAUAAUUUUCAUAUACAAUAAUGUGGCUCAUUACCCUUGGUAUGGAAGCAGUUGCUUUU